ACCGGCGGUGCAGUUCUCUCGGACUCACGGAUCUGCACUUUCCCUUUAUUCCUUCAGCACUACGCGUCGAUUGGUCGGCACCCGCCCCCGCCGCCGCCCUCCUCCGCGUGCUUGCAGUUCAGUCUCACCUGUUGACGCCGACGGAAGCCCGCGCUGACCUGUCGUGUUUCCUGGGAGGCACUGAAGCGAACCAGGUGGCCAUAAAAACAAGCAGAAAAGCGAGUUAACGUGACUGUCAGAGCCGCAGCAAAGCGCCGGUGAGCUCCAAAUAACCUGGGUCGUGUGUCUGAAAGUGAAAGCGCCCGAAAAGUUGGCAGAAGACGCGUUUCCCCUCGACGUUUUCGUCCUUUGUCACUAUGUUACGAACUAAAGGACCCUCAAGUGCAGCCGUUUAGGGUCCGAGCACGUUUUCCAGAAAUGCCCCAACAUAACAUGGAGAGCACCAGGAGCCAGUGGCAACAGGGGCUGCGGCCGCCGUGGAUCACCAGAGUGGCCGGAGGUCAGAGCCCCGCCUCCUCGGGGGCGGAGUCGGAUGCAGAGAGUAGCAGCACGGAGAGCGAGAAGUCCUGCAUCAAAAAAAUGGAGGUGAGCUCACUGAGGGUCCUGCCGUCGCCCUCAAUGCUCCAGCGGCGGAUCACAGAGAUCGACCAACAGAAGGAGGAGCUAAAGAUUGAGCUGCAGCUGGAGAUCGCCCUGCUGCAGGGCGAGCUGCAGACAGAGAAGAAUCAGCUGCACAAGCACACACAGAAGCUGCAGGCACUGCAGGAGGGGAGCAGGCAGACAGAGACGAACAGACACACCGACAGAGCGAAGGAGCGAGAGGGUCUGGAGGAGGAAAGACGCAGGGUGGAGGCGCUGAAGAGGAGGUGCGAGGAGAAGGAGAAGCUGAUCCCCGGUCAGCCGGAGAGCCAGAGGGAGCAGCUGACUGUGCAGCUGCAGCAGGAGAAAGAGGCGAUGGAGGCGGCAGUUCGGGCCUUUGAAGACUGGGAGUUUCGCGUUCUGGAGCAGGAGAGCGGCAUUGAUGAGGAGGACGAGAGCGCGGCCGACAAAGAGAAGGACGAAGGGAGCAGAGGGGAGAUGGAGAAGGAAAUCUCGUGUCAGCAGCGUGUGGUCAGCGCUGCACAGGAGCGAGUCCAGCAGUUAGAGAGACAGCUGAAGGAGAUGGAGAGGGAGAAGGAGAGGGAGCUGAACGCCCUGAGGAAAGAGAAGAGAGAGCUCGUCCACACGAGUCAAACGGUUCUCAAAGAGAAGAAGCCGCUCACUGAUUGGUCGAACAUCACCGGCUCAGCCCCCUGCAUGAUGUCACUCUCCCCUCUCACCGUACACAAGCCUCCUCAGGACCCGUGCAAAGAGUCGGUCAGUUUGCCCAGAAGACGGAGCUCGCACCGCAGCAACAAGCUCCACGACAGGCCGCUCUCAGCACAUGGGCUGGUGAGGACGCUUCCAGACAGGCCGACCCCAGAGGCUUUCACUUCCCCCCUCCUCUCCCAUAGGCUCAGCAACGGGCACAGGCCUGGGACCAGCAACGGCGGCGGGCUCCACACUCCGUGCAACAGCACCACGAGCUCUCGCGCUGCCAGCCCGUCUCUGCUGGACCUCGUGGAGAUCGAGAAGAAACUGAGGGAAGCGAAGGCAGAGAGGGAGAAGCUGCUCAGAGAGAGGGAAGAGCGACGGCGGUUGUUGUUGGAGGAGAGAAGACAGCGCGAGCUUAACUCUCCCAGAACAGAACCACCAGAGUCAGAGACGCCACAAAGGCCAGAGCCUGAACCAAAGGAGCAACCAAAGGCCGAUUCUCCCCCAAACUCCCCGCGCAGCCUGCCCCUCUUCCUCUCCCCUAACUUUGACCUCCGGGCCCACUUGGAGUCUCUGGGUCACGGGGUGGCCGGCUGCACGGACCUGCGGCUGACGCCUCGACGCUGCGCAGGCUUCCUGACCAAGCGAGGGGGGAGGGUCAAGACCUGGAAGAAGAGGUGGUUCCUGUUUGACAUGGACCACAGGCGACUAGCCUACUACACAGACUGUGACGAGAGGAAGCUAAAGGGAGUCAUCUACUUCCAGGCCAUAGAAGAAGUUUACUACGACCAUCUACGAACAGCCGCUUCUUCUCCGCGGCCCAGCCUGACGUUCUGUGUGAAGACGUACGACCGUCUUUUCUUUCUGGUGGCUUCCAACGCAGUAUCCAUGCGGAUUUGGAUGGAUGUGAUCGUCACGGCAACGGACGAGCACAGCCGCUAUUGACCUCCUGCAUACGUAGACUGUAAAAUCUUUGAGUGACGCUACCGGGCGGAUGACGCGUUUCCCCCUGUCUGAGGGGGCUGGUCUGACUGAGAUCCACCUCAGGUGCUGAUUCUGUGCCUGGACUCUGGGAGCACGUGAGGCGGCGACGUGAGAGGAAACUGUUACCGAAAGAGCGAUGCUGCAGUGGUGACGGAGGUUCACCGCUAACCCAGCUGCAAACCACUUGCAGCUUAACACAGCAGCCAGCACACUGGGCACCUGUUACUGGGAGGUUUCACUUUUUGAGCCUUGCCUCCCCCUACUGGUCACAGUCCUGCAUCACAGGCCUGGUGUACGCCACACCACUACACACUACAACAGGGGUGGACACAAUAAUAGCAACACUUGGACGAUACAGUGCAAUCCAGUAAAACAGCCAAGCAUUUAAGAGAUAAUUUUUGUGCUGUAUUCUGUGUUGGAUUUCUUAACGUUGUCAAGUGUUUCCACUCAUUUGACCAUAUCCUGUUUUCAUAAAUUACAUUUUCAUGAAUUAAGUUAUUUGGAAAUUUGUAUGGGUUUGAUAUGCAAAUGAAUGAAGGCAUACACUGUUAUGAAUGCACUAUUAAAUGUUUAUUCAUAAAAAAAUGUUGGCUUCAUUUUGCUCUUUUUUCAACUUGAAUCUUUAUUGGCAAAAUAUAAUAACAGUAGAAAAAAACUCAUUUAUUUAGCUCUUAUUGUGAUGUCACUGUUUUCAGUGUCGUUAGUCUCAUUUUUCCCAUUUUUCUUCCACUUGUGCUUCUUGCAGUCUCAAGAUACUGUGUCAGUUAUAUAUUUCUAGUUUAUUAGUAGCCAUCACUUCAUCCUAUUUUUCUUCUGGUUCCUUUUGAUUGCUUUUUAUUAUUGUUUUGACCAAACACUGAUCUGUCCACUCACUGCAUCACUUCGUAAUACACAGGCUUUUGUUGAGUUCAUGGACCGUGCAUUGUUUUUUGUCAUAUUUUUUUUGCUGUUCAGCAUCA